CGCAGUUGUUGCGAGAUGGCGCAUGUGGUCUCAGGGUUGUGAUGCCGAGCGGGGGUGAGAGCUGGCGAGGUACGUGCACGGCGGAGCUGGCGGGGUACGUGCACGCGGUGCGCGUCGGCGCGGCGGGCCGCGCGGCGAUCCCGCGCGUGGCGAAUCUGACCGGGGCCGAGUUUGCUGCGUACGACGGCCAGCUGCCCGUGAUCGUGGAGCGCGGCUACGACGCGCCCUGCUUGGCCUGGACCUGGGAGAAGCUCCUCGCGGCGCAUGGCGAGACGCGCUUCGCGGCCACGGCGGCCACAGGGAAGGACCGCGAGGGGCUCGCCUUCCCCCUUUCGGCGUUGGACACGAUGCGGAAGCACGUGACCCCGGACCAGUGGAUGUACGUGAUGGACGAGACCGUCACCCAGCGCGUGCCGGACCUGCUCCGGGACUGCCCGCCACCCCCUUUGCUGGCGGCGGAGGACUUCUUCCCUCUUCUGCCGGCGGAGGUGCAGAGCUUCCCGGCCUUCUUCCUUCUGGGGACGGAGCACUCGGAGAGCUCGAUCCACGUCGACCCCUUCAACUGGACUGGGUCGAACCUCGUUCUCUUUGGGCGGAAGGAGUGGGUCCUUGUGCCCCCGGGGGCGCAUGACCAGGAGUUCCGGCCAGCGCGGACAACCAGCGGCCUGCCGCUGCCGAGUUUCAAGUACCAGGAGACGAGUCGGCUGAGCUUCUGGAGCAAAGAAGGGAGGAAGGUCCUGCAGCGGCUCCGGAAGAAAGCCCCGGUGUACGAGGGCUCCAUCGGCCCCGGGGAGUACCUUGUGAUCCCGAGUGGGUGGUGGCACCAGGCGCGGAACACAGAGCUGACCCUCGCGAUUGCCGGACAGACUUGCAACGCCGCCAACUUCCGCUCCGUCAUCAAGGAGACCGUGCGCUUCCACGAGCACGAGAACCGCGGCCGCGCGUGGCCCGCCUUCGAGGACCGCGGGGUCUUCGCGACGCCCGGCCCCGUGCCGCCCGCCACCGCCGAGGCGGUCUUCCGGGCCUUCGCGGCGUCGAUCCCACAGGACGUGCUUGCCAAGGGGCAGCGGCAGCUGCAAGACGAGAUCAGCCAGGUCGAGCAAACCAAGAAGGAGCGAGGGCGGAAGAAGAAGAAGUAGCGGCGGGCGGUUCCACCCGCGAUGACGAAAAACCCGGGCGACAAGAGCGGCGGGCGCAUGCGCGUCGCGGCGGCACGGAGAGACUAUCUUUUCCGUCUAUAAGGAUACGGUAUUUGUACUGCGGCUGCGGCGGAACAAGAUUGACUCGCGGAGAUAGCGCUCCCCCGUGUGUUUUUGUUGGGACACAAACAGGCUACC